AUGACAAUGAUGGCUACGUUAGCAUCGUCAACAUCGACGAUCUAUGAAAACAUUUCGGAUUCGCAAUCAGCUAAUCAUUUGGAGGAUUUGAAACUGGAAGACUCUGGAACGUACGAUGCCGAUUCAAGAAGCAAUUCCAAUGAAAAGAUCACCAGUAGCUCAGCAUCGCCUGAAUUGAGCUCUUCUCACCAAGAUGACGAGAAACACAUUUAUACGAAUAUCCGUGAAAUGGAUGAAUUAAAUAAUCGACCAUUCCCUCCAGUACCUGAUGUGACUGAUGUUCCACGUCGGAAUCUUAACAACGGAUGGAUGGAAUAUGAGACGGAAGCGGGCAGAACAUAUUUCUAUAAUUUCGAAACUGGAAAAAGUCAGUGGAUUCCCCCAAGGUUUAUACGGACGCCAGCGCAAGUUCAGGCAAUUUUGCAAGCGACUCGCACAGAAGUUGACGAAAACUUCUCAACAGAGUCAUCAAAGCACGAAGAUUCGCAUUCGACUGAAGACGAAUCUUCUCUUGACGUCUCGUCAUCAUCACGUACUGCACAAUCAGAAGACGCAUUGCUAGCGGAAAGCGCGACGACUUCGGAAAAGAGAGCAGUUCCUGAGCAUAACGAGCAGGACUUCAAAAACUCGCCGCCCGCGUCCACGUAUCAUCAUACCACAUCUAGUAGCGACGACACGACUAUGAUGUCGUCUUUCCAUGCACACAUGGGACCGGAUCCAUUAGGGAUGAGCCUAAAGCAGAACAGUUCCCGAAACCAUGUCACACAAGCUCCUGCAAAUGAGCGUUCUCAAUCAUUCAAUAAGAGAAAAUGCUCGUUGAAAAAUGUGCCGCUACCUCAGGUUCUCCCGUCAACAAGUUCUGGGAAUCUCUUUUAUGGCGAUAACGGAACACAUUCUCUGGACCGCGUCUAUCCGAAGCCAGAAAAGGAGCCAAUUAUUUAUGAUACUCCUUGUAAUCGCCGUGGAAGUAGCAGUGGAUGUGCAGAACCACGUGAAUCGGUGAAAACGAUUAAGUGUGGAAAUUUGGAGUUGGUGGAAUCUGCCGAGCAGAUCAAAUCCCGAAAACGCGACUGGAUGGUGAAUUUCAUGUACUUGACAUCAGCCCAUUUAAUACUUUACAAGGAUGAAAAGAGCGCGGAGAAACAUGGCAAUCACUAUGCAGCUCCGCGCGGUGUAUGCGAUCUAAAAGGUGCAAGCGUUAGUUGGCUUGUGAUGGAGAAGGAGAAGAGAAAGAGGAAAAUUAUACAGCUCGAGUUAAGCAAUGGCUGCCGCUAUUUGUUCCGAUCUGCGAACGAUUUUGAAACGAACGAGUGGUUUGAUGCUUUGAGAGAUGUGAUUGCGCGAUUACCCUCUGCUCCGCCAUGCUCGGGACUUCCUAUCCAACCGGCCGUAUUGGAUUCAUCAUGUGCGAUCGUCCGCAAUCCUUCUACGUUGUCGAACAGACCACAUUCGACGACAAUGCUGAACAAUCGACGCAUUACUCAUAGCUCUUCGUCACGCUCGGAUCAAAUGGCACAUUCUUCAAUUGAAUGCGGCGCGACAACUACUUCAGCCGGUGCAUCCGGAUGGAUAGUGGACGAGCCAAGACCGUCCAGAGAAUCUAUCCUAGAGAAGCUGAUAAGAUUCUUCCGAAAUCGACCAAGCGUUGAUUCGCUCAAGGAGAAGGGUAUUUACAAACAUGAACCCGUGUUUGGAAGCACAUUAUCAGCAAUCUGUCAGUUGGAGAACAGCUUUGUGCCGAAAUUUAUAAGAACGGUGACAGAGCUAAUAGAGAGUAGAGGACUAGAAAUCGAUGGUCUCUAUCGAGUAAGUGGAAACUUGUCUGCAGUGCAGCGGAUUCGAUGCCAAGUAGAUCAAGACAAGUAUAGCGCGCUGGUGAAUGAAGAGGACGUGCAUGUGCUGACAGGUGCACUGAAGCUGUUUUUUCGUGAAUUGGCUGAGCCAGUAUUCCCACUUUCUCUGACGAAGGACUAUUUGAGUGCUAUUAAGCUACAAAAUCCCAAACAACGAUUCAAACGAUUCGAUGAACUCCUCAAAAUGUUACCACCUGAAAACCGUGAAACCCUGAAGAUGCUGUUACGACAUUUGCAAAGGGUGGCGGCGCAUUCGGACAAAAACCGCAUGCAAACACAUAAUCUGGCGAUUAUGUUUGGUCCGACCUUAUUCAACAGUGGGGAUGAGAAGACGCCAGCGAAAAAGAAAGACGGCAGCAAGAAAAAGAGAGAUCAAAAGAAGGAGGAGGUGGUGCAGCCAGUACAAUCAAAUUCACACAUGGCAUUCAAUAUGAUCAUGCAAGGGCAAAUUGUGGAAUAUUUGCUAACGGAACAAGGAAAAUUCGAGGCAUUACAAGGCCCUGUACAGACGCAUCCACAUUAA